AACUACUGUACGCUCGACUACUUUCCGCUCGAACGAAGCACGAGUUAAAAUUGCAGUCAGAAGGCCUACAGUAUAUCAUUAUCAGUAUCAUCAGAUUUUUUGCUAGGCAGGUAAUUCAUUUUCAUAUUCCUAAAUUAAGGCUACGGUCUGCCAAGCAGAGAAGCAGGUUAGGCUAGGUUCGACCCAAGCAGCGCGGCACCAACCAAAACACCGGUGAUCCUGUUGUUGCAGUAUACGGUCCUGCUGUACUAAAUACCACUGGAACUGCAGAUUUAUCAUCAUGCGUCUCGUCAUCUUGGACAGCUAUGACAAAGCAAGUGAAUGGGCUGCUAAGUAUGUCCGCAAUCGCAUACUGGAAUUCAAUCCUGGACCUGAUAGGUAUUUCACACUUGGCUUACCAACAGGAAGUACUCCUAAAGGAAUGUAUCAAGUCUUAAUUGAAUUUGUCAAAAAUGGAGUCUUGUCAUUCAAGUAUGUUAAGACAUUCAACAUGGAUGAGUAUGUUGCAUUUAAUGAGCCUGGAUCAAGUCUGGUGUCUCGGACACGUGUUAAAACUCUAGCUCAAGACACCAUUAUUGCUAACUCCCGGUUCUUUGGUGGAGAUAUUUCAAAAGUACCUACCAUGGCAUUGACUGUUGGUGUUGGAACUGUUAUGGAUGCAAGAGAGGUGAUGAUAAUAAUCACAGGUGCUCACAAGUCUUUUGCAUUAUACAAAGCAAUUGAGGAAGGUAUCAGUCACAUGUGGACAGUAUCCGCAUUCCAGCAACAUCCACGUACAAUAUUUGUCUGCGAUGAGGAUGCCACACUAGAACUACGAGUAAAAACAGUCAAGUACUUUAAAGGUUUGAUGUACGUGCAUAACAAGCUUGUUGAGGAUAGCGAAGAUUAUCAAGAAGUGAAGAGACAGAAGAAGAAAUAAACUUCAUAUUAACACAUACAGUGACCUGACUGUUCUAUUGAGGUGCCAGUUUUAUACUCCAAACAUUAUGUUCACAAAUAUUUUAAAUAUUUCCAUAAUAUUAUACAUUCCAAAGUGUGCUAAACAUAUAACAAAUAAUACACUCAAUUAAAACAUUGAAGUUUAUUUUUUAGUUUUUUAGCUUAACCUAAAAGGAUCAGUGACAGAAGAUUAUGUUUAAUUAUUAGUGUCUGAAAUGAGUUGGGUGCAGCACUUGCGUUUUGGGCUUCCAAACUAAAUGUCCGCAUCAUGAGGCCGGACACUUGUUGGUACUUGGGUAGGAUACUUUAUCUGUUGUUCCUUGCCAUCUAGGGUAUGUGGAGGAUGAUACGCCGACUGCUAGCUUAUAUUAAUAAAAAUGAUUUAUUAUUUUACUCCCCUUGCAAACAUUCAAUAUUUUGACUACCUUCUAUGUAUGAUGGACGUGACAAUAAUGUCAAACACAGCCAUUAGAUGAUGAUACACUAUUAAGAAUUUUUUUUUUGUAAUUGGUCAUAAGAAAUUUACAACUAUUCUCAGUGUUAGACCUUGUGCAGAAUUUUCCAAUUUCAGAAUUGGUCAUAUUUUUAAACAAAUAUAUUAUUGUGAUUUGAGUUUGGUGCUUAAUAAUAAAAAAGUGUCAUUUUUGUUCUUCGAAAAAUGUGAUGCUCUGGUGCUAUGACCAUCAAAACUGAUUGAAAGUAGAUAAAGGUAGGACAAUAAUCAUUAACUCCGAGUGUCAUUGUGCUGAAUUGCUUACAGUUGUGGGAGGUGACUACUGUACCAUCUGUAGAAAGAUACAGUACUUGGUAAUUUCAUGUUCACAUCAUUCCACAAUGAGCUGGAAUGAACCGGCCCCUCGGCCACUCUAAUAGACCGCUUGCAGUGUGUUUCAUUUGUGAUGAAUAUAGGACAAUUAUUAGUGUAAUAUUAGUGUACAAUCAUUGUUUCCAUGAUGAUUGCAUAAAUGUUUUAAACUAUUUUUUAUUUAGUACAGUAUACAUUUACAUGUUAUAAUUUCAGUAAACUAUUCUAUUUUUCGUAUGAAUAAAGGACAAUUAUUGAUAUACAA